UGAAAGCAUUAAAAACAGCCCGCGGGAUUUUGUUUAGCCAUCUUCACCAGUUCCCCAAAGGGCUGAAAAAAUCCCAAAUUUCCUUUGCUUGAAAAUUGACAACAAUGGGUUUUAAAAUUUAACGCAGACCCAAUCCAAAAUCCUAGGGUUUAUAUUAAGUACACCACCGCAAAUGGGGGGAUUCGAUUCCCCUUCAAGCCACACCCAGCAGCAGCACGACCACCAUCACCAGCCGUUCACCAUUGGCUCUGAAAUUGAAGUUUCCAUUGAUGAGGACGGGUUCAAGGGCGCCCUUUUCAGAGCCACAAUUCUGAAGCUCCCCACUUCCCCUUUCUCUCAAUCCAAGAAGAAGAAGGCCCUUGUUGAGUACAAGACCCUGGUCACUGAAAAUGGAUCUACCCCUCUUAAGGAGCAAGUCGAUGCCCUUAGUUUGAGGCCUCUGCCGCCCGAUUCUUCCCUCAAGGAUUUCGAGGAAGGCGACAUUGUUGAUGCGGUUGAUAAAGAUGGGUGGUGGACUGGUGUGGUCUGCAAGGUUCUGGAAGAUGGUGGAUACUCUGUUUUCUUCAAGAACCCACUGCAUGUCAUGGAUUUUCAGCGGAACCAGUUGAGGUUGCAUCAGGAUUGGGUUGAUGGCAACUGGGUUGUGCCCCCAAAGAUGGAUGCAUCAAUCUUGACAGAUCAGUUGCAGAGGUGUUCCAAGGGUGCUGAUAUUAUUGAGAAUGAUCGGUCUGAAAGUUUAAAAAAUGCUGAAACCAAGAUUGAAAAGGAGAACUCUUAUUCCAUAAACUCAAGGAAUAAUUUAAUGGAACAGCCAAGUAUUUGUGAUGAAAAUUCUGCCUCAUUGGCCUUGACCUUGAGAAGGAGGAGAAGAAGUAUCAGUUGUAAGUCGAGAGUUUCAAGUCUAAAGAAGAUAGGAGAAAGCAAUAGUCCUGGGGCGCCAGCAGCAUAUGGGUUGAGGAAGACAGACAGCAGAGUACUGAGAGGGAAAUCACGUUGUAGAAAAGCAACAUGGAAUAGUGGUGGUAGAAAAAGAGGCUACCAAAGUUUUCGUUGUGAUGAUGACAGCAGCAGCAAUUCGCCAGAUGAAUUUGAGAGUCCCGAAGGAGGAGAGAAAGUGAGAACUAAGGAAGAUGUUGAUGGAAGUGGCGAGUUGAAGGAGCAAGGAUCAAGAGUCAUAAAUGGUAAAAAACGAAACACACUUGCACAAAGCCAAUCGACUCAAGUUACAGAUAAGGAAGGGAAAGAUGAUUGUGAUGUCUCAGAGAUCAUUCCUAAGGAAGUGAGUACAAGAAAUGAAUCUGAAAGGAAUAAACAAUUAGCAUCAAAAGAAAAAUGGAUGACACCGAAAAAAAACUCUCUUCACCUUCCCGAUGAGGUUAGAGGUGUGGAGGAAGAUUCAAAUAAUCAGACAAAAGAGAAGAGCAUGGAACCCGAGCAGCAAGCAGCUACUAAAUUCAGUGAUAAACGAAAGAGGGGGAGGCCUGCUAGAUUGAUGCAGUAUAUUCUUUGUCAGGAACCUGAGCAGCAACAAUCUAGUAAAAACAGUUAUAAGAGAAAGAGGGGGCGGCCUCGGAAAUUGAUGCUAGUUCCGACUAGUGCAAAAGGUAAGGAGCAAGAUGGAACUGGACGUAACCCCGACAAAGCGAUUAGAACAAGUUGUGUAACUGAUCUUCAAGAUCUGAACGGGGAGAACUGGAAUGAACUCUCGAUGCACAAGACAAAGGGCGUCGAAAAUAAAAGCGCAUCAAGCAACAUCGAUGAUGAUGAUCGACCUCUUUUGAUGUGGCUUGGAGGAAUGCAAUCUUCAGGAACCAUCAAUUCAUUGAGACAAACACCUGAUUCAACUGCCAAGCGGAGGACGAAGGGAUGUGAACAAGUAGAUGUUUUGAAUGAAGUGAAAAUAGUUGAUGCAACACCUGACUGUGCAACGACCACAAAACAAGAUUGGCCUUUUGCCAAAAAGUCGCCUGUCUGGAAUGCUAUUGAUUCUUUAGAAGUCUUUACCCAAAUUCCACAAACGCCUCAUUUCCACCCUUUAAGUACAUACAAGGAGGAAUGUCGUGAAGGAUUGGCUAUUGGUUGCAUGGUAACUUUUGCAAGUUUGGUUGAAAAGAUAUCCAAACUACAGUUUGAUAAUCCGAGACAUGUUUUUGAAAGCAUGUUAGCCAGUCUAUAUGACUUGGAGCAGCACGGGUUCAAUAUCUCCACACUCUGCAAUCGAGCGAAUGAACUGCUAUUUAUCAAAGAUAGUCAAGCACGGUACGAGGAGGAAACAAAAGAAGCAGAGAACAAAGUAUUGGAGCACACCCAAAGAAAAUCGAAACUGGCAGAAGAGAUCAAGGAUAUCGAGCAGAAGAUUACGGAGCUGCAGGAGAGACGGGCAUCAAUCAGAACAGAAAUGAAGUCUAAAGAUCACGAGAUUGCGAUGCUACAAUCACAUGUGGAAGCCAUUAGAGAAUGUACUGAGAAUACUAGGCUACAUUUUGAUAAGCAGGUUGCCCUCCCCUUGAAACCAGUUUGAUGAUAUAGGUUUGUUAAAAUUACUCUAAAACUCAGCUGGUUAUGUUCUUGGCCAUUCUGUGAAUGGUAGUGGUAAACUAGAAGUUAAUGAUAAACUCAUGGAACUCCACUUUUGUAUGAUAAGGCACCAUUUUGGAGGAAA